UUUUGAACAUAAAUGUUAACUGGAAUUUGUUCUACUGUACGAAACAUAUUAAUCGUGCUUCUGUAAAGUGUACAUAACCUGUCGAACGUCAAUCGGAAGUUAUAUUUCGAAUUUAAUCAUUUAGUGCAAUGGUAAAACAAUAAAAUAUCGAGUGAAAAAAUGAGUGAUUCUGAAAACGAGAAUGAUCCUAAAGCAACAGGACCAGUGGACAAUGCCUGGUCAUUGAAAAUUCCGGCUUUCAAGCCAGAUCACAAUCCUCACCGUUUGCUCGAAGAAAGUUCGUUUGCAACUUUAUUCCCUAAAUACAGGGAACAAUAUUUAAAGCAACAUUGGCCUUUAAUUGAGAAGGCUUUAGACGAGUAUGCAAUAAAGGCUGAAUUAGAUCUUGUUGAAGGUAGUAUGACUGUGAAAACCACCAGGAAAACAUGGGAUCCAUAUAUUAUAAUUAAAGCUCGUGACAUGAUCAAACUCAUGUCUAGGUCUGUUCCUUUUGAGCAAGCAGUUAGAGUACUUCAAGAUGAGAUUGGUUCAGAUAUUAUAAAGAUAUCUUCUUUCCUGAGAAACAAAGAAAAGUUUGUCAAGAGACGUCAGAGACUUAUAGGGCCAAAAGGCUGCACGUUAAAGUCCAUAGAAUUAUUGACAAACUGUUAUGUUCUUGUACAAGGACAAACAGUGGCUGCACUAGGGCCGUACAAGGGUCUUCGACAAGUCAGACGCAUUGUCGAGGAUACCAUGAAAAAUAUUCAUCCUAUUUACAACAUUAAAGCAUUAAUGAUUAAGAGAGAGUUGGCGAAAGAUCCAAAAUUGAAGGAGGAAAAUUGGGAAAGGUUUUUGCCUAAAUUCAGUAGUAAAACUACUAGUAAGAGGAAACAGCCUAAGAAUAAGAGAGAGAAGAAACCUUAUACUCCAUUCCCGCCCCCUCAACAGGAGAGCAAGGUGGAUAAGAUGAUAGCUUCUGGAGAAUAUUUCUUGAAGGAGGAACAAAAGAGAGCCAAGAAAAAGAGAGAACAGGAUAUCAAGCACCAGGAGGCUGAGAAGAAGAGGCAAGAACGCCGGGCACAGGCAUUCAUACCUCCCGAAGAACAGUCUAAGAAAAAGGGGGAGCAACAAAAGAACAAUAUAGAUUUAAGUGAAUUUAAAAGCAAAGUUAAAAAGGCAUUGAAGAAGAGAAAGGUUCAGUCAUAG